UUUGACACAACGCCAUGGACGCAUCACAAUACGCUACCAGAGAUAUUACGAGCGCCAGUCUAUGGAAUCGUGGUCAUAGGAUCGUAGAAUCAUGUCGAUACCAGAUGAAACGAGUAAUCAUGAUGUCCAAUUUCGAAAUGAAGAUGUACCACACUCAUGACUUUCGACGUUUAUCUUACCUCCUGCGUUCGGUAAGAGGGCGAUACACAUGGAUUCAGCGUAUUGGUAAUAUGGUGGCCAUUCGUUGACGACGAAUACGUGUUCUGAGUAACAGUAGUUUAUAAGUGUGGAUAUAUCAUAUGGGACUCGGUCGAAGCUCGUCCGCCCCCAGUCUGUUUAAAGCACGUAUCAACUGAGAAUCAGCUCAAUGCUGGACCCACCAGCUCAACCGCCUACACAGUCCCCGCUCACAGCCGUGGACGUUCGCGUCGUCCGUGCGCUCCUCACCAGCCGGCCUGCUUUGCUACCCAUCGAACUCAUCGACAUCAUCCUCGACGAGGCUGAAUACUGGCCGCACAGCACUGUAGAAGUCAACGGCAUCCGUCAAGUGCGCGGCGUCCACAAAUCGCCUUGUUGCAGCGAGGCAUACCUCGUUACAUUGCCCCUCGCGCACCCGCACACCGAGGGACACCACAUCGCCUCUCCAGGAAAGCCGCCGGCGGUUCAGCUACAUCAGGACAUGAAGGAGGGGGCGGUGAGUGACGCCAGCGGAGGUAUAAGGAGGGGCGAGCAUCCGUGCAGGCGCAUCGUGUUUGAGCUGCACAGCAGAGACCAAGGAUGGUCGGACUAUCCCGAGCACCACGGCACGUACGACGCCACGCGGUCGUGGUUUGACGUGAGCGUCGUGCGCGACUUCUCGUCCCUGCUCCUUCUACCUCCAUCCGCUCCUGCAGAUUCAGCGACGAACCACACCGUGGGGGCAAUGCGCGACAGGGACCUGCAGCGAAACGUACAUGCCAAGGCUGAAGAAACAUGGCACGUCAUAGUAUGGGACUGGAAAGACACCAUCGAGGAAGGCUCCCGGGAGGCGCUGGAGGCGGAGAAUGGGUAGGGGCUGGCGCUCGAUGGAAGGGGAGUUUGUGAGGAGACUGAAGUACGGAGACCAGAUCGCGCUGUGGAUGAAUGCGCUCGACCGAGGUUGGGUGUGUACAGCGUCUAGAGCGGUCGUCACUGUUUACUGGGCCGUCUGAAGAGCUGGGUGUGGAAGAAGGGAUAAUGAUAUCCCCGACAGUAGCGUCUUGAGGCAUUAUCUUUGUCCAUGGUUCGGCACCCUCGCAGUAUUCAAGGCAGUGUGUGAGCGCUUUUCGGGUCAGCCAUGAUCUACAGUGGCAUUGAGUCUUCAGCCAUUGCCAAUAGGCAAUAAGAUUGAGCACGGAACAAGGACCCCAGAACGUGCCCAACAUGACAUUACUCAUCCUUGAACCGAAUGUGCCUGCGAGAACAUGAGAUCGCGAGGCUGUCAGGGCGUAACUUGCCUAUAACUCGUGAGCGCUAGUAUAGUAGUUAUGUGUGUAGGAAUCAGACGCUGAAGCCGGCGCUACGGGUUCGG